AUGCGUGCCGGCUCCUCAGCGGUGGCCACCGUGACGCCGGCGGAGAACGUGCUGCUUUCACCCGGCGUACCAUUUGCUCUCACCAAAAAGGUUGCCACUCCGCAGCAGGAUCGUGUAGACAGCGGCGGGAACAGUGGAAUCAGUAGCCAGAAACGAAUAUCGGCUGUGGGCUCGGUACCACCGGUGCGGUGUGCGGUGGCGGCGGAAUGUCGUGAAGCGGAAGUGGCACCAAACGUCUGCUCGUCCCUUGGGUCCUUUGUUGACUUGCCCAAUAGUAAAGGAAACCAAGAGUGUCAUCGGAUACAUCCACUGCGGGAUUUUUUGGAAACUUACAAGAUUCGAAGGCUGUUGGGGCAUGGAAGUUAUAGCGUCGUUUUUGAGGUUGUGAACCGCAAGACGAAGGAAAGAAAGGCGGCAAAGUUUCUCAUUGCGAAAGAAACGCAGCUCGCUAGAAGGAAACAAGUCGGUGAGGGUGGGGACGGUAAAGAUAAGGGGUCGAUGGCGAUUGAGGGUGGGAGGCACAUCAGCAACAACAGCAACACAUCGACGUCGCUCCCGGAGUCGCUAGUCAAGGAGAUCACUGUCUCUUUUAUGGCGCGUCAUCCGAAUUUGGUUCACACAAGUGACGUGUUUGUGGAAGAUGUGGAGGAUUUGCAAAGACGUGUGCAGCGGUAUAACUCCCAACUUUUUAUUGUUUCCUCAACAUCUUCCAGCGUCACAGCAAAACGAAGGGUAAAGCAAGAGCCUCUCCUCGUAGUGGCAAAGAAAAAUGCUGUGUCACAUGUUUCUUCCACGACGUGUGACUCUUUUUCCGGUAGGGAUAAUGGGGAUGGUGAUGCUCCAGAGCAGCGCCAGGGUUCGUUGCCCGCCAUGCCAGCUUCCUCAGCGGUGGUGAAAUCGGCCGCUGAGACCAAUCAGUCAGCUAUUGAGAAAGUAAGGCAACAACUGCAAGAGGGAAAAAUGCAAUGUAUUCUUGUGAUGGAGUUGCUGACCGGCCGAGAUUUAUUCACACUGGUCUCUCGGAAACCACUCAACGAGGCAAGGACCGCAGCCUAUAUGAUGGAUUUACUGUUGGCUCUGCAGUGUCUUCACUCCCAACAAAUCGUUCACCGUGAUGUGAAGGUGGAAAACAUUGUUAUUGACCCUCAGGACAGAGCACGUCUCAUAGACUACGGCUUUUGUGAAGGACUGCAAUGGUCGAGCAACACGAAUGCGGGCUGCAGUGGGGAGACGCACAAGGUAUGCGAUGGGACACUGACUCAAUUCUGCGGAUCGUAUCAUUACGUGGCCCCAGAGGUAAUUCGGGCAGCCAUGCACUCUAGGCUAUCGGCAAGGCCGACCGAUGCAAAAGAGGCCAACAACAGUGUUAGCGUUAAACUGCCUCCCAUAUCCAUGACAGGCAGCACAGGGAUUUGCGGUAACCUCAUGACACCGAGAACACCGGCUGAGGAUAAGAAUAGCCGUGGGAUGCACUCGGCCGCCUCCAUCGGAAUUCUGAGGACACUUUUGACACCUGGACCGAUGGGAUACGGCACUUCAGUCGAUUUAUGGUCGGCGGGCGUGGUGAUGUUUGUUCUCUUACACUCCACCUUUCCUUUUCAUGACGAGCGCCGCAGCAGUCUUCUCAAGUUGAUCAGUUCGGGUCGUCAAACUGUGCGGCCGUCACCGCUACUUAGUAGCGAUGCCAAGGAUCUCUUACGAAGACUGCUGACGCACGAUGCUCGUCAUCGACUGACAACAGCGCAAGCCGUUGAGCAUCCAUGGUUCAAAAGGCUGCUACAGAGGAGAGGAAUGGAAUAG